AUGUCUAGUUUCGCCGUGAGAGUUGAUUCUAACCUCAACGACAGUGGUGAAAUCACCGAAGAUGUUCCUUCCGAUAAUGAUCUUUGUGCCAUAGAGGUGAAAGCCACUGCAGAAAAUGUGGAUGAAGCUGUCCGAGAACUUCCCGAUGCCAACUUGUUAAGGUAUUCCAUUUGGAUGUGGAAUAUGUGUUGUUGCUUGUUUUGUUGGUUCUUUUGGAUGCUAAAUACUAACGUUGGGUUUGAUUUUUCCCUUAGGCAUUGGAGCAAUCAAACUUUUCAGAGUCCAAAGGCAAAAAACCCUGAAAAUCUAGUUGCCAUCAUAUUGGGUGGAGGUGCUGGAACUCGACUCUUUCCUCUUACCCGCAUAAGAGCCAAGCCCGCAGUUUCCAUUGGAGGGAGUUACAUACUGAUAGAUAUUCCUAUGAGCAAUUGCAUCAACAGUGGCAUCAGGAAAGUGUUCGUUUUAACUCAGUUCAAUUCUUGCUCCCUCAAUGCCCACUUGUCUCGCACCUAUAAUUUUGGAAAUGGAGUGAACUUUGGAGGUGGUUUUGUGGAGGUCUUGGCUGCUACUCAAAUUCCUGGAGAAUCUGGGAGCAAAUGGUUCCAAGGAACAGCUGAUGCAAUGAGACGAUUUACCUGGGUUUUUCAGGAUGCCAAGAACAAGAGUAUUGAACACAUAAUGAUAAUUUGUGGUGACCAUCUUUGUCGGAUGAACUAUAUGCAGCUUGUGGAGACACACAGUGAGAACAAUGGUGAUAUCACAGUUUCAUGUAUAUCUAUGGAUGAAAGCGGUGCAUCUGAUCAUGGGCUGAUGAAAAUUGAUAGAAGGGGAACGAUUACAGAGUUUGUAGGUAAACCAAAUGAAGUAGACGUGAACGCAAUGCGUGUUGAUACCAUUCUCCUAGGCUUAAGUGCAGAAGAAGCAGAUAAAUAUCCUUUUCUUUCCCCAAUUAGUGUUUUUGUAUUCAGAACUGAGGUCUUGUUGAAACUGCUAAGGUGGAGUUGUCCUUCCUGCAAUGACUUAGAAUCUGAAAUCAUCCCAUCUUCUUUGAGGGACCACAUAGUCCAAGCAUAUAGGUUCAGGAAUUACUGGAAAGAUAUUGAUCAAAUACCUACGUGCCUUUUAUUGCUUUAA